AUGGGAAAGAAAGCUGCAGUGGAAGAGGAUGAGAGAAAGCUCCGAAUCGCCAUCGUGAGCACUGACCGCUGCAAGCCCAAGAAGUGCAAACAAGAAUGUAAAAAGUAUUGCCCUGUCGUGCGGACGGGCAAGCUCUGUGUAGAGGUCAGCAAAGAUUCCAAGAUCAGCUGGAUAUCUGAAUCGCUGUGUAUUGGUUGUGGCAUUUGCGUCAAGAAGUGCCCUUUCGAGGCCAUCAACAUCAUCAACUUGCCGAAGGACCUGUCAAGUCACACGACCCAUCGAUAUGGACCAAACAGCUUCAAGCUCCAUCGCUUGCCAACGCCACGUGCAGGACAAGUGUUGGGUCUUGUCGGUACAAACGGCAUUGGGAAGUCCACUGCUCUGACAGUGCUAGCUGGGAAGUUGAAGCCAAAUCUGGGCCGCUUUGACAAUCCGCCGGACUGGCAAGAAAUCAUACAGCACUUCAGGGGAAGCGAGCUGCAGACGUACAUAAAAGGCCUGCUUGAAGAUCGCCUUAAGGCGAUGAUCAAGCCCCAGUAUGUCGACAAGAUUUCGAAACAGAUUGCCGGCACCGUGUCUGACAUCUUGAGCAAGAAGGAUGAAAAGAAAUCUCAGGAGAAGUUCUGCCAGGAGCUUGAGCUGAUGCACUUGCAGGAACGUGAGAUCAAAGAUUUGUCCGGUGGAGAGCUUCAGCGAUUCGCCAUCGCAGUCCUAUGUGUGCAAGAUGCACAAGUGUACAUGUUCGACGAGCCCUCUUCCUAUCUGGAUGUCAAGCAACGCAUAGCUGCUGCUCAAGUCAUUCGAAGCUUACAAACUGUCGACAACUACAUCAUCGUUGUUGAGCACGACUUGGCUGUGUUGGACUACUUGUCCGAUUUCAUCUGCUGCUUGUGGGGUUCAGCCGGAGCCUAUGGAGUUGUUACGAUGCCUUUCAGCGUGCGUGAAGGUAUCAACGUGUUCCUGGACGGCUUCAUCCCCACGGAGAAUCUCAGAUUUCGAGAGGUUUCUCUGAGUUUCAAAGUCAGCGAAGAUUUGGAUCCCUCCAAACUGGAUCGGAUGCACAACACAGAGUAUCCGGACAUGUCAAAGCUGAUGGGCGACUUCCGGUUGGACAUCAAGGCUGGGAACUUCGCAUCUUCGGAAAUAUUGGUUCUGCUGGGCCAGAAUGGUUGUGGGAAGACCACAUUUAUCCGAAUGUUGGCGGGAUUGCUGAAUCCUGACGACGUCAAGGAAGGUGAGGAGAUACCAAAACUGAACGUGUCCUACAAACCACAAACCAUCAGUGCAAAGUUUGAGGGCACUGUGAAGGACCUUUUCCUGAUGAAGAUUCGGGAUGCGUUUAUGCAUCCGCAGUUCCAGACAGAUGUCACAAAGCCCAUGCUUAUCGACCAAAUUGCUGACCAUCAGGUGCAGACACUUAGCGGUGGCGAGCUGCAGCGCGUUGCUCUCGUGCUGUCUCUUGGCAAGCCUGCUGAUAUCUAUCUAAUCGAUGAGCCAUCAGCAUACUUGGACGUGGAGCAGCGUGUCGUGGCGGCGCGCGUGAUGAAAAGGUUCAUUCUGCACGCCAAGAAAACUGCAUUCAUUGUGGAGCAUGAUUUCAUCAUGGCAACGUAUCUUGCAGAUCGCGUCAUCGUUUACGAUGGGCGGCCUGGCAUUCAUUGCGUGGCAUCUGCUCCAAUGUCGCUUCUGGAGGGCAUGAACAAAUUCCUGGCGCAGCUACAGAUCACCUUCCGCAGGGAUCCGACCAAUUACCGUCCUCGAAUUAACAAGUCCGAGUCUGUGAAGGACCGCGAGCAGAAGCAGGCUGGCAGCUAUUUCGUCUUGGAGGAGUGA